AUGCCCAGCACAUCCACCUGCAUGGGGCCGAAGAGGCUUCUCGUCAUGGGAACCCUUGGCUUGAUCUGCGUCCUGGUUCCUCUGGUAAUCGCCUUCAAGUCUACGCCCACCGAACCUGUGGCUGUCGAACUCAAUGAACGUACCAACGCCGAUGUCUUGACGCCAACUGCCACUAUGACGGAGCAGGCAACUUCUGUGGAGGACCUCAUCGCUCGACAUGAGAAGCGCGGCCUCUUUGGCCCUGGGGGCAUAAUGCCUGGCAAAGUGCUGCCUAGCAUCUUGGGAAGUCUCGGUCCAAAUCUAGUCGGUGCCAUCACCUCGCUUGCUGCAGCUCCGCUCUCGACCAUUGUACCUAACAUCCCGAACAUUGCUUCCAUACUACCUACCGUUGCGGCUGACGGAGGAGCCGGUAUUCCCCUCUUGCCCGACGUUGCCCCUAUUGUACUGAAUCCCUCGGCUCUGGCUACACUUGCAGACGACGCCGGUGACUGGAUGGCUGCCGGGAUCUCGGGCAUUCUUCAUGGAGCAACCGUCGUCAUACCAACAAAUAUUCCUCUUCGAACUCUGAUCUCCGAUGUUGUCGCUCAGGCUACUGCUGCAGCCGAUCAGGUCCUGAGUGAAGUACAGAAUGCUGCUGCCCAAGUUGCAACUAUAGCAAAUCAAGUCGAAUCCGCUGGUCUCAGUCCUGAUGGUGCUUUAGCGAAUGCUGGCUCACUGUUGGACAACCUCGAAUCAAACGUGGACAGCCUGGUCAACAACGUGGUCUCUAAUGUGGCGAAUGUGCUUCCCACAGAUCUUCUGGACGAUGUGAAGAAGCUUGUCACGGGAGGUCUAAACUCCAUAUUGCAAGCCAGCAAUGGCCCUGUGGGUGGGAUCGUGUCUCUCAUUGACCAUAAUCUCUGCGAGGCUGUCAAGUUGGUGGAUGGCCUUCUGCAAACCGUCACCGGUGUAUGUGGUGACAUGGCUUCAACGGGCUCUUUCAAUCCUACGGGUGCUGGCGUGACACAAGGACCUAGUAUCACCAGUCCUGCAAACCCAACUGGUAAUGGUGGAUCAACCUCAGCUUCCGCUGCUCAGUCCAUAUCAGUACCAUCGGCAACCACUCCUGGUAUGGGCCAGACUGGACAACCGUCCAAUACUGUCUCCCAGGGAGCCACUCUCACUUCAGCAACCCCCGGCGGAGAUUCGAAUGGACAAGCAUCCUCCAACCCUGCUACAUCUGGGAAUGGCGUUUCAAAUUCCGUGCUGUCGAACUCAGCAGCACAAAACUCGGGGUCCAAUUCUGGUUCAACUGCUCCUAAUGGAGGUCCUCCUUCAGCGACCUUUGGCGGUGGCUCUAAUGGUCAACCAUCAUCAAACCCUACUCAAUCAGGAAACGGGGCUUCGAAUUCAGCAGGCCAAAGUUCUGGUUUCAAUUCUGGUUCGACUUCUCCCAAUGGAAUUUCUCCUUCAGGAUCCAAUGCUCAAGGAAACUCUCAACCAACUGGCAGCACGGCUCCUGGUGGCAGCAAUGGUGCAUCGCAGACUGCGCGUGCUGGAUCAAGCACGACUAGUGGUAACAGUGGCGGUUUGCCUUCUGGAACUCCUAAUAUUUCUGGCCUACAAAGCGGCGGUUCUGGAACUGCUCCUGUAAAUACAGGAGGGCUGGCUCGACUACGACUGUCACUUCAACAAUAUAUCCACCCUGUGCACCUCAACCCUCUUGCCCAACCUGCCCUCCAAGCUCAGCUCCCAGCAGCCAGUCCCCUGGCAACGGACCGUGCCCUGGCUCAGGAUAUACGGGCCAGUGGUCAAGCUCCUAACACCGGUGGACCGCCAACUUCUGUUUCUUCGGUCUCUAUCAUCCCCCCUAUGCCUACAGGGGGCGGCGCGGUUCCUCCCGUCGCCUCCAGACCGACGGGACAACCACCGACUUCCAAGCCACAACCAGCGAAUUCUCAGCCCACGAUUCUGGAUCCGGCAAAUGGAUGGACUUAUUCCGGUUGUUGGGCGGAUCAACCCCGUCAACCAGUUCUUGACUUUACCCCUGAGACUAGCAUUGGCCCUAUCGAAAAUGUGAAAUGCGUACGGCAUUGCAUUGUGAAUGGGUACACUAUGGCAGCCACUACGUUUGGCAAUAAGUGCUUCUGUGGACAGUAUCUCAAUGGAACUCAGAAGCUGAGUGAUUCGGAUUGCAUGACUCCAUGCGAUGGAGACAACUCGCAGGCUUGUGGUGGCGACUGGUCUCUGAUCACUUACACCCCGGAUGGUGUACCACGAGGAUGGGCCCCAGUUGGCGAACAACCAAACCCUAACCCGCGACCUGCUCCAAGAAUAGUAGAGCUUGAUUAUGGUGGAGUAGAGCAGAAGAUCGUCACUGAGGAUGUUGUGAUCGGGCCUACGCCAGGCGCUAACAUGAAAUCGAUGCUCAGCCAGUUUGGAGAGCAAACACAACAGGCCAAGGCAGAGCUUCCCAGUGGUGUUGUGCCGCAGUCCCAAUGUUCUUCUCCGACCAACCCAAGUGGAGGCAAUGGUGCAAGUAUGACGGCUCCUGGUGCCGGACAAGGCUCGGUCACCCCAAAUACUUCUAGUGGUAGUAGUGCCAAUACGUCUCCAACGUCUCCAACGUCUCCCAAUGGCGGAGGGGGUGUUGCCCCUGGGCAAUCUACUCCUACAUCUCCUGGUGGAAAUGCAGGUAGUUCUACUAACUCAGGUCCGACGGGAAGCAUCAACCCGACUCUUCCAGGCCCGAUUACAUCGCCGAGCUCUCCAAAUGGUGGCGGCGGAGUUGCUCCCAGUCAGCAGACUCCCACGAGUUCAAACACUGGAACCCAAACUUCUCCUGGUAACCAAGGAACUACCACGCCUGGCAUUUCCAAUCCCAAUACAUCCCCUGGUGGAGGAAACAACCCCUCUACCCCGAACAGCCCAGGCGGUAUUGGUCCCUCAACACCUAACGGUUCAGGGGCAAGCACUCCAUCAAGCGGUAAUGGAGCCAGUCUCACCGCGCCGGGGUCUGGUCAGAGUCCCACUUCUCCUUCGGGUGGUGGCAAUCCCACGACACCAACCGGGCCAGGUGGUUCAGGCGUAAGCACUCCAGGGGGCAAUGGAGCAACACCCACAUCCAAUCCAAACGGUGGCUCACUCACAACUUCCGGCCAAGGCCAGUCGACGCCAAAUGGCCCAGCGGGCCAAGGCUUGAGUACUCCCUCAAGCGGUAAUGCUGCCAGCAUGACAGCCCCAGGUGGCUCAAAUCCGAGUACUUCAACCUCUCCUCCCAAUAGUGGUGCCUCUACGUCGACUCCCAGCCAGGUUCAAUCUACAACAUCACCCAACGGAGCUGGUGGUGUUGCACCUGGGCAGCAGACACCCUCAUCGCCUACAAGUGGAGGGGCUUCCACGCCAAGUGGCCAACAGCUACCAACAUGUACACCAGGCUCACCCGGAAUCAACUGCAUACCACCCGGAAGCAGCAAUUCCUCACCACCAGGAGGUACCUCUCCUUCGCAACCUGGCACUGGCCAAGGGACAUUCUCCCUUCCUGGCGUGGCUACACCCACGGCACCUGGUCAGGGCCAAACGCCGACGACUGGUCCCAGUGGAGGGGCCGGAACUGGUCCAAACCCCACCGGUAGUCCUUCAAGUCCGUCCAGCUCGGGCAAUAGUGGUGGUGGUUCGUCAAUUGGCCCCGGUGGCCUUAGUCCGGGUGCUCCAAGUUCGCCAGUCCCUGGCAUCUUACCCCCUCCAUCUGGCGGUCUCAGUCCAGGUGCACCCAGCCAAGGAUCCAACCCCAAUGGCUCAGGUUCUACUCAAACCCCCACCAGCUCAGGAACUCCAAAUGGCAUACCUCCUAGCAGUCAAGGCCCAGGAACAACACCAACAACACCUACCACUGGCCCGAACGGAGUUGGCGGCGUGGCACCCGGACAAGGCGGCCCGUCGACAACUUCAUCUAACCCCGCAGGCGGCAGCAGUUAUUCAUGGCCUCCGGGAAUGGUGCCGUAUGGGAAUGGGCCUCCAUUCACCACGCUUGCGCAAAUGCUGAGUUGGAACAUGCCAAAUGGCCAACCAGGUGCGGCAACAUUGCAGGCUAGAGAAGCUCCUGUCUCCGAGAAGACCGGCAUUCCGGAGCCUGAUGCUGCGAUUAAUACCAAUAGUGCUCCACGAGAGACACGAAGUGGUUCUAGACUACGAAGAUGGGGAAGGUGGCGAGAAGCUUUGUGA